AGUUUUAAUAGAGACGCUCUGUCGAUAAUAAUAGAGUAAGAAACGUUGCAUUUUCUUCACAAUAUUAUAUUAAUUUAUAAUGCGCCGUACUAAAUAAGAAUAGAAAUAACUUUCCAGUUUGUCGCUGGAGGAUAUUCUCUCACUAUAUUUUAAUUUAGCGUAAGAUCCAGCGCUGGAUCUAGCGUGGAAACAGUUUACCGAGGGUCGUCGUUUUAUUAAAUUUCGUCAGGAUGAUGAACCACGCUCAUCUGUUGGUUACUCGAGCCGUCACCUGGACCAACACAGAGCCUACGCGUGUACUCUUUUCCUCUUCUUUUUCUCCGCUCUUCUUUUUUCCGCGUGAUCCUUUUGUGUAAAUGAUAUCAACAUUGCGCCCAUAUCGUGUAUCCAAUGUGCAAAGUGCAUAUUAUCGAUAAACAGUUCUCUCUCUGUCAUAAUGUUAUCAUAACAGUUCGAGUAAACAUGUAGAUCGUAUUACGUUUCUCAUCAAUAAUAUAUUUUUGUAGUUGAAAUGGUUAGUUGGAAAUAUUAACUUUAACGUAUUCGCAUUGGUUCCAUUCGACCAAUUUCCUUUUUUUGUUUUGUUUUUCUUUGAUCAAGAAAAAUGAGCAAAAAUCUAAUCUUGCGUAAGAUUCUUUUGAUCCACUACAAUAUUUUUUACGUAAUAUUGGCUGCGUUCAGAAAACACAGCUGAUCAGUGAGCGGUCAGUGAUUAUUGGUCCUUAUUGUUAGAUCCUUAACUUUAGACCAAUUACGUUGAUUAAUUACUCAACCGUUGUGUAACCGUUCUGCCUCCUGAACGCCACCAUUGUCACCAUAAUUACUUUUUUACUGCUAAACGAAUUAUCGUUUCAACGCAUGCAAGUUUCAUCAUGAGGACGCGAAAAUAACGCGAGGCUAUUUUAGAACAUCUGGCGUUACAAUCAGUAUUGAAAAAUGUCACGUUACUUCAGAGAGUCGAUCAUGAAUCUUUUGCCCUAGCAUGAAUUCGCGAGAAGUGAAAAAUCCAUUUUGAAAAUAUAUAGGAACGUUCAUUUUUCACGAAUUUACAUUGGAGGAAAAAAUUCAUGAUUGCUUCCAGGUACUGCAAAAUAUUAUCCACUUCUCAUGAUUUUAUAAGAAAAAAAUGAUAUGAUUGAUAAGUAAGAACAAGAUAACAUGAAAAAAUUCAUAAUUGAUAUCUAGAAUUGAAUAGUGACGUCGAAAAAUUUAGUGUAGGGGUACUCACUCUCGUGAGUCGGCCCUGCACACAUAUCUGAACGUAGCGACGUUCGUGAAAUUCACUAUCGGAAACUUGAGGUUUCUUAUCAUGGUGGUUGCGCGAUGCUGCGCACUAUGGCCAACUUCAAAAGGGAGCAUCGUUGAUGACAUUUUGACAACGCUGUUGUACGUUGUGUUGUCCGUAUACGUGGACGAACGGACGUGUGUCAUCGGUUUGUUUUUUUUUUUCAAAAAUCGGACUGUAACUAACGCGAUUAGCGAUUGAAUCACCGAUGAUCGAUCGGGAUUAUGCCGUUCUUACUUCGCACUAAAAGUGUCGUGCUAACGCAAGGCGUAUCGGCCGAGUGCCAAGUAAACAGAUGAGAAUGCUUCUGGUCUGACGCGAGUCAGUCUGGCAUCAUGGAAGACUUGAAGUUUAAAUUCUUUGGCCUCAUUAACAAGCAGACUAUAACCAAAGUACCACUUAUGGGUCUGAAUCCUGAUCUGCUUAAUCCACCUGAUUCGCAAAAAUGUGAAGAUCUACGUUCUGAGGCUGAUCAGUCGACAGAAAGUGAGCCUAUACCUGACCAAAAUAUAGAAGAUAUUGAAAACAUUUAUUUUAAUAUGGAUGGUAGUUUUGAUCCACCUCGCUAUGAAUUAGAAAAAUUACCAAUGAUAUUGAACUCCAAGGAAAUUGAAAAAUGUUAUAAGAAACUUAAGCAACAACAUCAAGUUGUAUCUAAGAAAGUAUUACAACUUAUCAUGAAGAAUCAAUUGGACUGUAAUAAAGAAUUUGAAAAAAUUCUGUCACUGCAGGAGCAAUUGCAAGAUGUACUAGAGAUAUGUAAAAUGGGAAGAGCAGAUCUAAAAUUAGCCAAGGAGCAAUUCACGACAGCAAGCUUAGGUAUAUUAGCUAAUUAUCGAAAACGACAAGUGGUUGAGGAUCUAUUGAAUAACUUAAAUACUAUAAAAACACUGCAACGUACAGGGGAUCGCCUACAGGAACUUCUAAAUGAGGGAAAUUAUCCUGGAGCCAUAUCACUUCUCUUAGAAUGUCAAAGUGCCGCUCAAACUUAUAAACAUUUCCACUGUAUUGCUAAACUGAAUGAAAAGUUACAAGAUAUUCUGGUGCAAGUGGAAGAAGCUUUAGAUACUACACUUUCUAAGAUGUGCACGCAGUUCGAUGUAGCUAUAUACUCCUCCAUCCAAGAAGCGUAUACCCUGUUGGGCAAGACUCAAUCUGCCAUGGAUCAAUUGCAUCUGCAUUUCAGUGCUGCCAUUCACAAUACUGCAUUGGCUGCUGUACAUGGUUACGCAGGAGGGGAUAUGAAAAGACAAUACAAGCAACUAUGCCAGGCUGUGCCUCGAGAGAAAUGCAUAGCUUGCCUUACGGAACUGUGUAAAUCACUAUGGACAAUACUGAGCUCGUAUUAUUUAGUUGUAAAUUGGCAUAAUGCACAAGAGGAUAAAGCGGAGUGUAAAUCCGAUGUUAAGGACUUGGAAGCAACUUUCAGCAAACAAUAUGUCAAGCAUAAGCUAGAGAAUAGUAUGGUCCGAGUGUGGCAUGAUGUGGAAACAAAAAUAUCGACAUAUCUGACAAACACUGAUUUAACACACACUAAAUUUGAACAGUUUGUUCAAGUAUUGGGUAUAGUCAAUAGGUUGGUAGAAAUUGGAGAAGAGUUAUGUGGCUACAAAUCAGAGAACUUGCAGGAGUCCAUCAAGGAACAAUCCUCAUCUUACUUUUCUCAUUAUCACGCAUCACGUUUGGAUGAAUUGAGGAUGUAUCUAGAGAAUGAUGGUUGGAAUUUAUGUCCUGUGAAAUCAAAUUUCGUGGCCACUCAGUUAUUGGAGUUUCGAAGUCUGAAACCUUCUCUCAACAACUGCAAAGUGUGGAACAGUCUCGAUAGUUCAAACUUGAGCGAUAGUGACAUUUCUACAGGGAUCGAUUGGCUGCAUAAAUACUUAGAGGAUGGUUCGUCGCCAUUUACGAUAGGACUAGAUGAUACCAUGGACGAGGAUAUUAUGAUAAAAGAUGAUCUGGCUAAUCAACCAGCAUAUUUCUCUGAUGAGUCUGAUGACGACAUUCCUGAUGAACUAAAACACGAAUACGUCGAUGAACCAGACCAUACGAAAGCUAGUAAAAAGAAAUGCAAGCUCAAACAGUCCGGGCCUAUGGUCACGAACACGACAUUAAGUAUACUGAGAGUGUGCGGCAAGUAUCUACAGAUGUCGAGGCUUUUACGGUCGAUCGCGGUCACUGUCAUAGAGAGCAUGAUACAAUUUUUCGAGCUAUGUUUCUACACAGUACACUUAUUCUUUACGUCGGAUCUCCAAAUCAACAGCGACUCAUUAUACAGUCCAAAACUAAAACUGUCCUUAACGCGAAUUAGAGAAAAUUUGAUUAUCUCUGAGAAUGAUACAAUAGAAGAUAAUAUCAAUGCAAAAUACAACAAAGUAAGGCAACCACAGCUUUCAUCCAUUGUGAAUUUGUCGCAGCCCGAGAAACUUCACGGAUUAACGGAACGUAUUGUAGCUGUCGAGUCUCUGGUAUUUUUAGGACAACAAUACGAAGGCCUGAGGCCUUACUUAGAGCAUCUCAUUGCCAACAGUCCUCAAAGAGGAUUUUUGCAUCAGUUUUAUAUGCAAACGAUAGCAUCUACUGUUGAUCUGAGAAAGCCUGUUUACAUGGCGGUAGUGUCGCAAGUAUUCGACGUCGCAAACAUCUUAAAUUUAAUGAACAGAGUCAAUUGGGAAGUGACGGACGUCAUGUCACAACACAGCAGUUAUAUCGACGCAUUAAUCCAAGAAGUAUGCACUUUGAACGAAAAACUUAGUGCUAUCGGAACGUGCACUCCUUUACAUGUGGAUGUGUGUAACGCGAUAUGGGAAAACGUAGCUCAUUUGAUCACACAUACUUUAGUGGAAGGAUUUUCCAGCGCUAAGAAGUGUUCAAAUGGCGGCAGAGCACUGAUGCAAUUAGAUUUUACACAAUUAAAAUCAAAGUUCGAGAAAGUGACAUUACUGAGACCUAUGCCGCACAGGGAGUACGUUGAACUGUACAUUAAAGCGUACUAUCUUCCUGAGAAUAGCUUUGAAGAAUGGAUUAAGGAACACAAGGAAUAUUCAGUUAAGCAUUUAGUCGGUUUAAUAUCGGCAGCUUGUCAAAACAAUAAGAAAACUCGGCAACGAUUGAUGGCUCUUGUGGAGGAACAACGACUCAACAGAUAGCAUCCAACUAUUUACUACAAAUCUCUACAGGAUUAUAUUGAGAUAGGAAGUAUUUGAAAAACGAAUGCUACAGGUGCAACUGAUUAAACGGGAGAUAUAUGAUGAUUGUGCUGUUAAUUGUACAGUAAAGUGAUUUUUUAAGUACGUUACGAAUCUGAUCAAAUAUUCGUAUUUAAAUAUUUUAUCGAAGAUCUUUAAAUUGCAAUCACGAACCAGAUAAGACAUACACAUACACACACACACACUUUGAUAUAUUUACGAGAAAUAUUCUGUAUAUGAAUCUCAGUUUCAAAAACGCUUUUAUUAUGUACUAUUUACUAAUUGUUAGUAACUUUAGUUCUAAUGUAUAUAUUAUGGACGUUUUAACACAUAGAUAGCAUUUUAGAUUCCGUAUAAUUAAACUACACAUACGAAUUGACAUCGGAAUGUGUAGGAAAAAGCUUUAGCUUAUUUUUAAUAUGCCAAAUAUCUUUUGAACGCAAAAAUGUGCGGUUACGGGAAUCUCGUAUGAAUAUGUAAGUUUGUAAGUAAAUCGAAGUAUUAAUUACUUGAAAAAGAAGAUACAAAAAUCAACGUUACAAUCGGUUUUACACUUUGCAUAAUGAAAAAAUACAGGGAAAAAUAUAUGCAAUUUGGAAGAAACAAUUUUAGUAAAGGAACUUCCUAAAAAGGAAAUGUUUUUUUUAAGUGAAAAGAUAUGUGAUGAAAUUAAUUAAUUAAUUAAUUUGUGUUUGUUUAAAUAUAAAUAUUAUAUGUGGAUUUUUUACUUCUUUAAUCCUUUACACGAAUAACUUCGAUUUUCUUUAUCUAGAUUUUAUUCUCAUGUGAAGAGGCAGAGCAUGUUUUAUAUAUGUGAUGUUUAAUGUGCAUUUUUCUCGCUUUCGUACUAAAUAUAUUAAAUGUUAAUUCAGUAACAAACAUUAACAAACAUUGUCGAAACUAUAGCGAAAAACAUAUGGAAAAUAAUGACCGUUAACGUCUCUCAUUCACAUACGACUAACCAUGGAAAUUAUUGGAACAAUAAAACCAUGACUUCUCUUACAGAAUUUUAAUAUUGUUAUUUACUUUAUUUGCUCGAUUCGAUUGCUUCUAGUGUAAGUGCACGUAGAACAAGUAUUAAAGUACCAAAAAAUAUUAUAAAAUAAAUAUUCUUAAUAUU